GGGGGGUGAGGUGGGUGGCUGAACCCGGAAGUGGGUAGGCGCUGGAGCGAGCGCGCCCAGAGUGGAGUCAGCGGCUAGAGCCAGCGGGGGAGCCCUGGGUUCCCGACCAUGAAACCCUCAGGCACCCCUGUCCAGAAGCUGUUGUCCAAGACAAUCUAGUUUUCCUUUAUGAAUCUCUUAAGACACUUAUGAAGUUUCUUGUUCUGAAAUUGCUGUACUGCAAUGAAGAAAAGGAGAAAGGUUACUUCAAAUCUUGACGAGAAGAUCCAUCUUGGUUAUAAAGAUUCUUCGGAAGGAAAUGUUGCAGUGGAAUGUGACCAAGUGACCUGUACUCACUCUACAGAGAGACCUACAACUGAAGCUCUGCACUGUUAUCAGGAACUUCCUCCCUCUCCAGAUCAGAGAAAGCUUUUGAGUUCUUUGCAGUAUAAUAAGAAUUUGCUAAAGUAUUUAAAUGAUGAUAGACAGAAACAACCAUCUUUCUGUGAUUUACUUAUCAUAGUAGAAGGAAAAGAAUUUAGUGCACAUAAAGUAGUCGUUGCUGUUGGCAGUAGUUAUUUUCAUGCCUGUUUGAGCAAAAAUCCAAGCACUGAUGUUGUCACUCUGGAUCACGUAACACAUUCAGUUUUUCAGCAUUUGCUUGAAUUUCUUUACACAUCAGAAUUUUUUGUGUACAAAUAUGAAAUACCUCUUGUUUUAGAGGCUGCAAAAUUUUUGGACAUUAUAGAUGCAGUAAAGCUGCUAAAUAAUGAAAAUGUUGCCGCUUUUCAAUCAGAGCUAACUGAAAAGUCAUCACCAGAAGAAACACUAAAUGAAUUAACUGGAAGAUUAUCAAAUAAUCAUCAGUGCAAAUUCUGCAGUAGACAUUUUUGUUACAAAAAGUCUUUAGAAAAUCAUUUGGCUAAAACUCAUAGGUCCCUUUUGUUAGGGAAAAAACAUGGGUUAAAAAUGCUGGAGAGAAGUUUUUCUGCAAGAAGAUCAAAAAGGAAUCGGAAGUGCCCUGUUAAGUUUGAUGACACCAGUGAUGAUGAACAAGAAAGUGGUGAUGGGUCAGACAAUUUGAAUCAAGAAAGUUUUGAUAAGGAAAAGUCAGAUAAAAAUGAUUCUGAGGAUCCUGGAAGUGAAUAUAAUGCUGAAGAAGAUGAACUAGAGGAGGAAAUGUCAGAUGAAUACUCUGACAUUGAAGAACAAAGUGAAAAAGAUAAUGAUGCAGAAGAGGAACCUGAGGCUGGUGAUUCUGUAGGAAGCAUUCACGAGGGGUUAACUCCAGUAGUCAUUCAGAACAGUAACAAAAAAAUAUUGCAAUGUCCUAAAUGUGAUAAAACAUUUGACCGAAUAGGGAAAUAUGAAAGCCACACCCGUGUACACACAGGUGAGAAGCCCUUUGAGUGUGAUAUUUGUCACCAGCGUUAUUCGACAAAGUCUAACCUAACUGUUCACAGAAAGAAGCACAGUAAUGAAACAGAAUUUCAUAAGAAGGAGCACAAGUGCCCUUAUUGUAAUAAACUUCAUGCAAGCAAGAAGACUUUAGCCAAGCAUGUUAAGAGAUUUCAUCCGGAAAAUGCACAAGAAUUUAUUUCCAUCAAGAAGACUAAGAGUGAAAGUUGGAAAUGUGAUAUUUGUAAGAAAUCUUUUACAAGAAGGCCACAUUUGGAAGAACAUAUGAUUUUACAUUCUCAAGAUAAACCUUUUAAGUGUACCUAUUGUGAAGAACAUUUUAAAUCAAGGUUUGCACGGUUGAAGCAUCAGGAAAAGUUCCAUCUAGGUCCUUUUCCAUGUGAUAUAUGUGGACGUCAGUUCAAUGACACUGGAAAUUUGAAACGCCACAUAGAAUGUACUCAUGGUGGAAAAAGAAAAUGGACUUGCUUUAUUUGUGGAAAAUCAGUACGAGAAAGAACUACUUUGAAAGAACAUUUGAGAAUCCAUAGUGGAGAAAAGCCUCAUCUUUGUAGUAUUUGUGGACAAAGUUUUCGACAUGGAAGCUCAUACAGGCUUCACUUACGAGUACAUCAUGAUGACAAAAGAUAUGAGUGUGAUGAAUGUGGAAAAACAUUUAUUCGUCAUGACCACCUUACAAAGCACAAAAAAAUACAUUCAGGUGAAAAGGCUCAUCAGUGUGAAGAAUGUGGAAAAUGUUUUGGUCGUAGGGAUCAUCUCACUGUUCAUUACAAAAGUGUGCACCUUGGUGAGAAAGUGUGGCAAAAAUAUAAAGCAACCUUUCAUCAAUGUGAUGUUUGUAAGAAAAUUUUUAAAGGAAAAUCAAGUCUGGAAAUGCAUUUUCGGACACAUUCAGGUGAAAAACCAUACAAGUGUCAAAUUUGCAAUCAAUCUUUUAGAAUUAAAAAAACCUUAACAAAACACCUGGUUAUUCAUUCUGAUGCCCGACCUUUCAACUGUCAGCAUUGUAAUGCAACAUUUAAGCGGAAAGACAAAUUGAAAUACCAUAUUGACCACGUUCAUGGGAUAAAAUCUCCUGAUGAUCCUCUCAGUACUUCUGAGGAAAAACUUGUGUCCCUGCCGGUAGAGUACUCAUCUGAUGAUAAAAUCUUUCAAACAGAAACAAAACAAUAUAUGGACCAGCCCAAAGUUUAUCAACCAGAAGCCAAGACUAUAUUACAGAAUGUAUCUGCUGAAGUGUGUGUUCCAGUAACAUUGGUUCCAGUUCAGAUGCCUGACACUCCGAGUGACCUGGUGCAUCAUACUACCACACUCCCACCAUCUUCUCAUGAGAUUCUGUCACCACAGCCACAGUCAACUGAUUAUCCACGUGCAGCUGAUUUAGCUUUCCUGGAAAAAUAUACUCUUACUCCUCAACCUGCAAAUAUAGUUCAUCCAGUCCGACCUGAACAAAUGCUAGAUCCUAGAGAACAGUCUUACCUUGGAACAUUACUAGGCCUUGAUAACACUACUGCUGUUCAGAAUAUUUCUACUAAUGAGCAUCAUUCAUGAGUAAACAUUCCACAGACUUUAUGAUGGUUAUGUGCUAAAUGGUAGCUAAAACCUGGUGGCUUUUAAGCUAGUAGGGCUGCUAUUUUUUCAUUUUUUGUAGUUUCUCAAGUCCUCAGAACAGUUUCAGAUCAAGAAAACAGUGUGUCUCUGUUGACUGAAUACAUGAAUAUUUGGACAUAAUUUGGCAUAAUAUUCGAAGUAAACAUUUUUGUGAUUUUUUUAAUGGUUAGUGCUAAUUUUUAAUAGGUUCUUGAACUUUUCAGAAUUAGCUACUGAUAUUAUGGGGAUUUUUUUUAAAAUUAUCAGUGGAAAGUUUUAUUCUUUAGCCUUAUAUCUUUUCUUCUUUCCCCAUUUUACAAACAAGUUUAAGAAAGAAUGUAGAAGUAUACUGAUAAUUUCUUAUCCUAACUUAUUUUAUCUACAUUUUUAAUUGAAAUUAAGAAUUUGAAUAUAUAAGAAAGUCUUGGGUAUAUUUGUGAUGUCUUGCCAUCUAUUCAUAACUUCAGGUAUAAUAAUCCUUCAGACUUUUGACAUACUCAAAGCCAGAAGCUAAUUUAUAUAAGAUUAGCAUGUUAAAAGAAAUGUUGGAUUGAAAUGAUAAUCCAGAUAUUCAGGUUUUGCCUUUACUUGAGUUAUUAUGAAUAAUAAAUGCAAACAUUGAUCUACGCAUUAAAUUAUACAAGUUAAAAAUGUGUUAGAUGAAAAAUAUGACAGCCUUAACUAGAUAUCUUCAAGGUAAGUUAACCUUUUGAACUUUUUUUGUCAUUUAUUUCAGGAACAUUAACAAUAUGUCAUAGCUUAUAUCUUCGUCUCAUUAAUGAAGGAGCAGUUAUGACUAAUUAGUGACACAAUUGAAUGCACUACUUUUGAGUUUCAUUUACUUUGACUGAUUGAAAGUGGGAUAAAGAACCUACUUACUUCAUGUAUAAUCAUUAGAAAAGAUGCCAAACAAAUUCAAAAUUUGCACCUACUUUGCUUUAAUUGAAUGAAGCUACUACUUGUUUACAGAUUCACAUACAAUCCAGAUUUUUAUUUUUGCUUUCAUAAUUAGUGGAAUGUUUAUAAUUAUCCUUGAUUCUUAUUUUUGUAUGAGACACAAGUUGAGGACUUGGAGAAAAGAAAUAGCAGUUAACAGUGAAAGCUCACUGAUUGAAUUUGAAGGAAAACAUUGAAAUUAUAGAAUACCUUUAAAGAUAUGCACUUUCCAUAUUUUCAAGUCAAUUUAAACUUACACUAGGAUAAUGUUUCCUAGUAGGAUUGCUUGAGGAUUAGACUGGACAGGGUUGAUUUAUUAUUGAUUUGCCAUUUAUCUGUUAAACUACUGGAAAAUAGCAGUUCUCAAAGUUUUCCAUUUUAAUUUUGUUUACACUCCCAAUUGCUUUAAGCACUUUUUUGUGUGUAAACUGUAAAGUCUGGCAUGGCCCUUGUGAAUAAGAAAAUCACAAAUAAAAUAAUGAACUUUUAGUGAAUAAAAUUUAACCAAUUAGUAAUGGAAGAAACUGAUGAAGCACUUAAGAAAUGAAGGUACUUUAUAGGAAAAUUUGCCAUGUUAGUGAUAAUAAAAACAAAAAAAAAAUGUUGAAAAUUGAAGCAUUUAACCAAAGUAGCUCAUAUAAAUAAUAAAACCAACCUGAGUUUUGCCUCAUUUAUUAAGGUUUAGUUAUAAUUAUCUUAGGACCAGUAGACAUAAUUACUAUAUUAUUUCUUCUUUCUAAAGCAUUCUCAUUUACUUUAUGUGGAAAUGUUAUACCUGGGGUACUUACAUGAUUGAGCUUGACUAUAAGGUACUGUUAGUCUAGUCUUUCAGAUUGACUGUUAAAAAUACAUCUUUAUGAUUUUUAUUAUAAAGACUGACAAGAUUUUAACUAAAAAUCUUAACUAUAAUAAAAAUAAAUCAUACCUAAAAAUAUACUCUGCCUUAUAUAUAAGCUAAUAUAGAAAAUUUGGACUCACAAAAAGGCAAAUGGUAUAUAUAUAUGUGUGUAUGUAUAUGGUAUAUUGUAUAUUUGGUGGCAAAAAAAAGAGGAUAUUGCAUUUUCACAUUGAAAAGAAUACUUUGCUGUUUGAAGGUAUUUACUUUAGGGUUCUUUUAAUAAUGUUCUAAUGUUUUAAAUAUAUGGUAUAAUUGUAGGGAUUGGUUUACAUAGAAUUUUUCUGAGAUACAUCUCUUAUGUAAAGUGAAAUACAAUUGUAUAAUUGUAUUUAGUUAUUAUUGAAGAUAACUUAAACUUGAAUAGUGGUUUACUGUUUUCUAAAAUGCUUUCACUUAUUAUCUCAUUUGAACCUCAUAACCAGCUCUGAAAUAGAAAGGACAUGGUGUAUUUCCAUUUUGUAGAGAAAGAAUCGGAGGUUAAGAUGAAAGGACUCAUUUAAAUUCAUGUGAUCAGUAAGUUGCAGAGUUACCAGUGGAAAAGAAGAAAGGUGGCAUUAAUGGUGGCUUACUAUGUGCCAGGGAUUACAUUCCCUCACUUACCUGUAACCCUGUCUGGUAGGGAGUUUAAUUCUUAUGAAGAAACAACAAAAAGAAAACUAAUCUGCUGCCUUGAAUUUCCAGAAAUAUAAGAAAUUUUGAAAUUGGGAAAACCUCAUGGAUUUGGGCAAACUGAAUGUAUGUAAGCUUUUGCAUUGAGCACAAAAAGCAUAAAAUGAAACCUACUCUUUUCAGUUUACCUUUAUAUAACCCUGUAAUCCAUUUUAUUUUAUAACUAUCCUUAAAAUUUUGACUUAAGUUUAGCCUUAUUGAGAAUUGUUAUUCUAUAAACAUAAUUUAUUGUUUUAAGUUAAUUUUUUAGCAGAUAGCAAUUAGCACUUAGUCUGUAAAUUGAAUAAUUUAUCAAGUGCAGAAAUUUAUUAACCUAAUCGGUUUUGACUUAAAUGCACCAAAGAUUUUUAGUAGGUAUUAAAUAGUCUUAAAAAUUUUAAAUUCUUUGUUGUUUGAAUAAGUAUUUGUCCAAAGAAGCACAGUUGAAGUCCUAGAAAUAUGGGUUUAAAGAAAAAACAAAAACAAAACAAAAAAAUUAGUUUGAAUACUGAGAUUAAGUAUUAAAUGUUUGUGUUUAUAUGUAUAACAAUAAAAGCAGACAAAAAUACUCUGGGAAUAGUAUACUGACAAACCAAUUAUAAGUAAGCAUACUCAGUUUUCUUAAGUUUAAUUGAAUGUUGUUUUUAGUGAAUACUAUCAAAUGCUAAAUAAUCUUAUUUUUUACACUACGUUAUCAAAAUAAUUUUUGCCUUAGAAAUUUUUGGGGGGUUAAGUUGUUAUUUUUAUAUAUAUAAAAAAAACCACCUAUUUUUUGCAGCCUAAAAUACCAUUUGAGAUUAGGAUUUGUUCCUCAUACCAGCAAGACAUAACCAAUAACUAUAAGGUAAUAGUUUUUGCAUACUUUUGAGUAAUUUAGACAUUCAUUGCUGAGAAAAGAGGAGUAGCAAAAGUAGGGUUUUAAAUUGGUGCUUUAGUGAGUGAUUUUCUUUUAAGUGAUGGUAGGUCAUGAAAUAAUUACAAAUGUUCUGUGAAACUUAAAGUGUCCAAACAUGUUUGCAGAGUGACCAUAAAAUAUUAGUUAAGGGCUAAAAAUAAUUAAACAUCAUUCAUUGCUUUUCACUCUAUAAUUGUUAACAAAUUCAAUACAAUUGAACUGGUAUGUUUAUAAGCCUGAAUUUUCUUCUUACCAUAUCAUUCUAAUAUAAUUGAUGAAAAGUCAGAUUUUAAGCAUUAGCUCUUUGACAGUGUCAUUUUAUACCAUCUUUUCUUGACUAUUUUGUGCCUUUUCAAAAUGUUAUACUUGCUUAGUUGAUUCUGCUAGCUAGAUUGUACUGGUUAAUAAAUGAUUUUGUUUUGUUUUGA